AUGAGUUACGAGUUCACCAUCGACGAUGAUGAGCUGGUGAGAUUUUUUUCAAAGAUAAUAUUUCUAUGAAUUGGUAUUAUUAUUUACUUCAUUCGGAAAUUUCAUUGAUUUUCGGUGGAAAGUUCAAUUUUUUGGAUGCAUUUUGUCGUGUUAUUUCCGAAUCUGGCUUAGAAGGUGUCGAGAAAAUCUUUUUUUUAUUUAUUAUUUUUCAUUGAAAAAUAAUUUCAACGUAUAUUUUAAACGUCUCAAAAUUUUUUUGCACAUACAUCCGGUAAUGUUCGAGCACUGAUUGGAAUCAAAGUGGAAAAAAAAAUCAUUUUUUUGAACUCAGUUUUGAAACCACUAAAAAAACGUUUUUACCCCCCGGCUGAACUUUUAAAAAAAUCAAUCUUCCCUGGUUAGUUUCAUCCAGAGUUUCCACUGUGACUUGGCAUAUUUUGAGAAUAAUAUUAUGAAAUUAAGCUACAUAAAUUUUUCCGAACGUCUUAUUUUUUCAAAAAACCACCCUUUUCAAGAUUUUCUCUCACCAUCAGCUUGAACGAUUGAAACUAGUCUUAUAGGAAGAGCCAACGUCGGAAAAGGGAACCAUGUGCGAUUGGUAUCGCAUCGAAUUACCCGCCAGCGCAUCGACCCUUAGCCGACAAAUCGCCAAGGCCCAGGCCAAACGCGGUAUUUUAUUAUAGAUUAUUCAUUAAUUUAAUAGUUUGAUCAACUAAUUAUUCGGUUUUCUAAUGGUUUUCGGGCUAUUAACAGCGGUAUUCUUUUGGUAUAUUUUAGAUUUUUCGAUCAAUAAAAAACAAUUAUUAACUUCUCACUGACUUUUCACUGCAUGCUGCUUUGUUUUAUGGAGUUUUGCACGAUUUCACUGUAAAAUAAAAUUUUUUGAAGGAAUUCAAUGAUAGUGCUACGUCAGUUUCUGAUUCUAGUAUGAAAAUAGACGAGGAAACGGGGAAAGAAUUUUGGCAUUUUUUUCUAAAUUUUUCUUUUUCUGUGUUUCUUUUUUUACUGAGAAAGAAGCAAAAAAAUUCGCAUUUUUUUCUAAUCAAACCAUUUUUUUCAAUUCACUUAUAAAGUAUUAUAGUGACAGAGACAGGCGAAGGACCAUUCCAAAUUUGACUUGUUUCCUUUAAAAUUCACAGUUUUUUGCACCCCACCUCUUGUCCCGAAAUUGAAUGAGUGAUGCUUAUUUCUUAUUGGCUGUUGUGGUGAUUGUGCUGCAUUCGUGAUGUUUUCAGCGGAACGGGAGGCGCGAAGACGUCGGAAAGACCUGUCGACGGUCCGGGAGCGCGACGACGAGCAUCGAGAAGAACAGAAGAUGUCGACCUCCCUGUCGGAGUUGACGAUCCCGAUGGAGCAGCGGGGAAGGUCCCGGCCUGAGCCACGGAGUCCUGGCGCCUUGAGCAACCCGGAGUUCACCUACGCAAGUCCGACCAACUCGCCGCCGCCUGACCCGUUUGCCAGAGGUCGAGAUGAGCCGGUUGACGAGGAAGAGCGGGAACUCCUCGAGCUCCUCUUCAAUGGCAACCAGAAAGCGCCCUGGGGGAAGCCGGCUUUCCCUGAACCUGCCGGGCAGACUCCGGUCAAGUCUCCACAGUCGCCAGGCCUUCCCUCCCUGGCCACUCCGGUCAAGGUGUCGGAAUGGCUCAUGCGGACGCCUUCCGUUGACGCCGUCUCCAUCACCUCGACCUCCUUGAAUGGCGACGGGCCGCUGAGCUUGAUGAGCGACGAUGAGGAGGAGGACGAGUUUUUCGACGCCUCGGAGGUCAUUGAAAACACGCCGCCCAGGAAGAAGAAGGAAGACGCCGAGGUCGAGAGAAUCACCCAAGGUAUCGGUGUGGCUGAGAAGCUUAUUCAUCAACAAGUGGCCAAGGUGUUUGAAAAGGAUGACGCUUUGCAGAGUUAUGCUACUAUUUACAAGAGAGGUCUUCUCCUUUAGUUCAGGAAUUUCCUGGAGAUUCAAUCCAAAAACAAUGGGGAGGUCUUAAAAACUGAAUUUCAUUUUCACUUCGGGCAUUCUGAAAUUUGGCCAGAAUACUUCUAGAGUAACCAGACGAAAGUUCUGAUAGGCUAAAGGCUGAAAUUUUGAAGAUACCGUGUUUUAAAGGAGUUUUCUGAGACUUUGAGUUGAAGUUUCCUGAAAAAUCGGAAGCUGAGACUUCCAAUAUUGCCAUCGGGUACAUGAAAAAGUAUUCUGGCCGAAUUUCAGUAUUUCACGACCAAAAAAUGAAUUCCCGCCCUGAACCUCGGUAACGGGAAGCCUGAACUUUUCUGAGCCAUUCUAGAGGUCUCUUAAAGGGCCGCUAAAGUGGUCCCUAGAAAUGAUCGGAAACGUCCGGCCAAGGCAAGUAUUGAAAUGAGAAAAGGUGCGCACCAAAGUCCUUUUGAACCACUUUUUGAAAAUUUGUUCCGAAUCGCGUUUUGGAACAAUUUUAAUUAUAAAUACAAACAGCGUCAUCGAAUGCGUAAAUUUGAGAAAAUUCAUCUAUUCGUCAGUUUUUAUCAGAAGAAAAAUAUUGUGAAAUUAUGAAUACGUUCAUAUCGUGAAGUGUUUCAAUAUUGUGAACAUUCCAAAGAGAAAAAAAUCAUGGAAUAUGGAAUAGUGUUGUGUUCGUUGAUCGUUUUUGCACAUUUUUUAUUGAUUUUUUAUUUUUUUGCGGAAUGAGCAUUUAUUGGCCGAAACCUUUUCGUAAAGCACCUUGUAUCUUGCACAAUUAGGGUCAUUUGGGGAAGAUAUAGCAGUUAUUACGUUAUUUGAUCCGUCAACUGUACUUGAAUCAUUUGGAAAAAAAAAGAGGCGCUUUCAAAAGCUGUAAUUUAUUUCAAGUAGGAAUAGAUUUUUCCAUUGUUUGUGAUGAGAUCACCUCAUCUUCCUUCUAGGAGUUUCCCUUUGUCGGCUCGGGAAUGGCAACCCGAUGACGCAAUCUUUGGUCCGAGUGGAAGAGGAGACGAUGGCCGACGGCGGCUCGAGGCUUCCCGUUGCUGAUCCGGCCAGAAGCGCUAGGUACACGGAGUUUUUGAUGGGAAAAUUGGAAACUUCCGGUUUUUUUGUUCAAAGGACAUUUUUGAAAAGUUAUUGCACAGCGGAAAAAGAGUGUGAGAAGAAAAAAAGGCUGGAAAAAAAUUUUUAUUGAAAAUAAUUUAUUUUCUUUUUUUCCUGUAGAAAAAUCUUUCAGUUUCAGAUUUCUCAGGAGCAUACAUGACAUAAAAAGAAAUUUAUUAUUUAUUACUGUUAGAAAAAUCAUGUUAUCAUGUCAGUUUUCAACUCUACGGGCUCAGUUCGAAAGGACCUAAAAAAAAAGGCCUCAGAGGCUCCUUUUUCCUGAAAAAAACCUUUAUAGGAAAAAAAGGGCGAACCAAGGUGAAAAAGGAGAUUUAGAGAAACUUUUGAGACGAAUGAGCCGUAGAUUCUUCUAUUGGAGGCCCUUUGAACUAUGACCCUGUUCUGAUAUUUUUGGAGCAAGAACUUGUUCAGGUCGAGCUCGGUGAGCCCCCGUCCGCCUGCCAAUACGGAGUUCAAUCGCAACAGCCCGACCUAUGCUACGUUCUCCGUUAAAUCUGGGGUUCAUAUUCAUUCUUCAUCAUGUUGAAAGCGUUAAUUUGGAGUUUACUUCGAUUUGUAUCAUACUCGAUAAUCCAGCUUAGAAUUGGUACGAAGAUCUAGCUUAAGAUUGCUACGCGAAUUUCUCAAAAUUUCGAAACUUCCCCCCUAAAUUUACCUCUUCCUUUUGAAGUUCCAAUUAACGAAACUUGAAAAUUUUGAAGCGGUGAAAAAAACCAACAGAAAAUUUUUUUGAGCUUUCUGAAAAAUUUAUAAUGAUCCAGUCUUUGAAAAGGUCUUACAAAUAGUCAAAAGCUUGUUUUUCUAUUUAAAAAAACCAACAGAAACCUUUCUUGAGCUUUCUGAAAAAUUUAUAAUGAUCCAGUCCUUGAAAAAGACGUAAAACCCAUUAAAAGCCAAUUUUCCAUUUAAAAAACCAACAGAAACCUUUCUUGAGCUUUCUAAAAAAGUUAUAAUGAUCCAGAACCCAUCGCAAACCAAACUUUCUUCAAUUUUUUCCAUUUUUCUAAACGGUUUUUGUUCUCAAAAUAACAUUCUUUCUGCUCUUCGUAAUGACCCGGGAAGUGAAAUGCUAUGAGAAAAUAUAUUUUUAUUUUGUUUUAAGGGAAGCAAAAAAGAUUUCAAUAAGUUAAGGGCUACUAAUGAAUCUAACAUGAGCCUAGCUAAUUUUCAAAUCUUCCUUCUUCUCUCACUUCCCACUAACUACAGACGCCACGAGCUCAACUAACCCCGUCUACUAAUACCCAGCCGCAGCAACAGCAAGCAAAUGGAAACUCGAUGAUCCGACAGCCGAUGACCUCGACGCCCUUGUCCCGCACGACUCGCUCCGUCUUGAGAGUCCACAACGUCAAUUCGGCCGCUGGCAAAACUCCAAACUCUCUUCCGAAGAAACCGGUGCUGAUUUGGCCUUUUUUGAGUUGAUAAUGAGCCUUUAUGCGCUUCUAUUGGGUAUAUAUUAACAGCGAAUUCCUGGAUUCGUUCAAAGCUAACUUCUUGGGUUAAAUUUGAGGGACUUUUGGCUAUCAAUAACUUUUUAACUUUUCAAACACUUUGAACUUGGUUUAUAAGAGCUUUUGGAGCUAAUUUGGGCCUAUCUCUAUGUUUCAAACGAAAUUGGUGAUGCAAGCUAUAACCUCACUCACUGUAAAACGUCGAAUUGAAAUGGUUUUGCAGUGAUUUCUAGCCUUUUCAAUAAUAAAUUGUUGCUUUUAAAAUAUGAAAGUGAAAAGAAUAACGUCUCCUUUUGUUUCCUGAGUAUGUGAAUUAUUUUUUAUAGACUUUCGCGUCGAGAGAGUUCUCCCUUGAGAUAAAACAGUUGCUUGAAACUAUCCUAGUAAGAAAAAAAAAAAGACAUUGAGCGUUAGGAACGUUUUCUGAACCUUUGAAUUCAGGAAAAUGGCCACGUCCCGCAGAAUGGCUCUUCACCAGCGAUUCUGGAACCUGCUGUUUCCCCCAUUCCGCCCGCAUCGAUGUACUCGACGCCGAUGAGGCCGACGUCGGCUUCUGGGGCCGGAUCGAAUCGAUCCACCCCGAGUAUUCCGCCAGAAGUCUUGGCGGUUCGUUAGGAGUGGAAAAUAUGGAAAUAUAGAAUGAAAACCUGAAAAAAAAAUGUUUAAAAGGGCUGCUCUCAAGUGAUAGGAAGGUCAUUAAAGAAGCGUGAAUCUAGUCAAAUAAGUUUUUCAAGGCUUGAAAAGGUUUUUUUUUGUGGCAGUCCACGUUAUUAUCACUUUCCCUUUGUUCUUUUGCCGUUUUUUCAUAAUUUGGAUUUUUUACGAGUUUCCCUACUUUCUAAGAGAUCACUAUGAACUAAGGAAAAAAUUCCAAACUUUGAGAGAAAUUAAUGAAUACCGCCCUAAAAAGCCAUAUUUCAGUCGCGAGGACUCGUCAAGCCGAAUUUUGAAAGAAUCCAAGAUCUGGUUCAAAUGCAAGAGGAAGGUUUAUCUAAAUUCAAUUGGAAUUUUCAUGAAAAAUGAAAAUUUAGCACUGAGAAAAGCGGUUUUGGCUCAACAGGAACAGGACGUCGACCGGAAAACGUCGUGGCAGGGCGAACUUGACCCGGCCCGCCAGGUAUGAAUUGGAAGGAAGUUUCAGGUGUUUUUGAGUUUUGAGAACAGUCGAGGUUCGAAUAUGUCUUUUUCAGAAUUUUAGAAAAAAUAGAAAAGUAGGAAGAACCAAAUUUUUAUUUUUCAAGUGAUUUUUCGUUUUUUCCAGUCGGCCAGCACCCACUCCUCCCUCGGCUCACUGACCAGCAGCAAAUCGGUCGACGGAAGCGCUCUUCGGCUCUCCGCGGCAGCUGGAGGAGCUCCUCCAGCUCCUGCCUCGGUAAGCUUUCACUAUCAAUUUUUUAUCAUCUUUGAGUUUUCCAGAGAAUCCCCGCUCCUUCGAGAUCUCGCCUCCCAACACCUAGAGCCACGGCCAAAAGAGUGUAAAUUUAUAUUUUUAUAACGAAGAAAAACAAAAAUUGAAAGAAAAGUCCAUUUCUAACCAAUUUUAGCUCUGUCGCCAUUCAAACAGGUGAGUACUGUUUGAAGCUUUCUUUCCAUUCGAUUUUCUUCAGCACCGCUUUUUCUGACCUUUCACUGGGCUUUUCUUAAGUCUGAAAAUUUGAUCAGUAGUUGAAAAAAGAUGUUUUUAGGGUUUUAUAUCGAAGAAAGUAGUUCUGAAAUUUUUCUAUUGCAAAAUCUUGAAGCUGGAUUUCCGCACAGCGCAUCAAUUGAACUGGCUUUCUUCUUGUGUGCCUUUGUAUUAUUUUUGAAUCAUUUUGAUAUCCGUCCUUGAUUCUUAUAAGUAUUUUCCACAAGUGCAUAUAAUUAAGAAAGUAAGUAAUAAGGUGAAAAUGGUCCUUUAAAAAUAUUUCAGUUCUAUUUCUGCCUAGUAGAAGCUUCACUGUGAGGGUGAGCUCAGGCAAUUUCCUCGUGACUGUGAACUUUCUUGGAGUCCUGACUUCCAAGGCGAGAUGGGUAGAUUGUCAAGGGUGACGCGUUGCGUACGCGACGCGUCUUCAAACGCUAUAUUUUAUUUUUACGUUUUCCUGUCGAAAAUUCGCAUCGCGUACGCAACAGUAGCUUAUCCAAGGCUGGUUCGAGCCAUCCAGAAAAGGGUCCUGACGCGAAAAGAAAAGAUAUAGUGCAUUUUUGUGGAGAGCGCGGACAGGCCACGCCCCUAGCGUCCCAAGCUACCCGUCAAUUGAAUGUCAAGCAGCUAACUCUGCUUCCGUGGAUACAGUAUCUUUCGCGUCAAAAUUUUCAAAACGCUACGAUGAUCCUUUAAUAGCGCUGGGUUGUUUACCUUUUUUCAAGCUGGUAGAUCAAAAAAGAAAGCGCUAUUAAAGGUUCAUAGUCGCUACAGAAGCUGUAGCAAUGGAAGAGGAUUUAGCUUCUUGACUUUUGCAAUCUGAACAGCCCUUCUGCCCAUAUCGCCUUUGAAGUCGGGAGAAAUAGGCUGGAACAUGAAAGAAGAGGAGUCUGUCUUGCAGAUCUUCCGUUUCCGCCGCCGCGGUCCGACCGGCUGCCCCGAAGCCUCAGCCUGUCGGUCUUGCCAACGCCGUCGUCACCACCGCCGACUUUUCGGCGCCCGGCGACGAAUGCUUCUAA